GGUUGACCCCACAAGAGAGGUCAUCAUGCAUGGUGGUCUUGUGAGGACUUCAGAUCAAAAGUUGUCAUCAUUUUUCGCCGUCUCUGUGUAAAUAAGACCGCCCGAUGCAGAAGAUUUCUGUUGUAGAAAGAUUUUUGAAGAAUAUAUUUUCAGUAUGAACUGAGUCUGGUUUCACCAGGGAGGUAAUAAGUGAUUUAUAAGUGAUUGAAAAACUGGGGCAUAGGUGGAUAACCGUUCGGUGUUCAGAGGUCAGAUGCAGACGAUUUUUGCCGGUACCCGGCUAGCUCGGGUAGGGAUGACUUCUGACAAUGCUGUCCGCCGCAUCAGGCUGCUAGCUGGGCUCAUCAAUACAGGAACAGCGUCGGUGAAGCCGCGCUUUCUCUGCAGCGAUGCAAGAGUGAGUAUAGGAGAUGUCAGUAUUCCUCUCAAGCAGCCCAGAAACCCAGAGUUGGUGCCUGUCAAAUAUGCAAACGGUACCUUACCACAGUCAACAAUGAGGCAUUUGAGAUGGAUCAUGCAAAAGGAUGCUCUUGGACAGGAUGUGUUUCUGAUUGGUCCCCCAGGUCCACUGAGAAGGGCGUUGGCCAUGCAGUAUUUGGAAAUCACUAAGAGGGAGGCAGAAUACCUGGCACUGUCCAGAGACAGUACAGAAACAGACCUGAAACAGAGGAGGGAAAUUCGCUCAGGAAGCGCCUUCUAUAUCGACCAGGUACAUGUAUAG